CCGCGCGUCCUUGUCCGGCAUGUCGGCGGCCGUGGCGUGCGUGGAUUACUUCGCCGCCGACGUGCUCAUGGCCAUCUCCUCCGGAGCCGUAGUGCAUCGCGGACGACCCGGCCCCGAGGGCGCGGGCCCCACUGCCGGCCUGGAUGUGCGCGCCACGCGCCGUGAGGCCACGCCGCCGGGGACCCCUGGGGCACCCCCACCUCCAGCCACCGCUCCGGGGCCGGGAGGCGCCACCGCUGCGCCCCACCUGCUGGCCGCCAGCAUCUUGGCCGAUCUGCGAGGCGGGCCGGGAGUCGCCACCGCAGCCAGUACCGCGGGGGGCACCUCACCGGUCUCCUCCUCUUCGGCCGCUUCCUCUCCAUCUUCGAGCCGCGCCCCCGGCGCCGCCAAGAGCCACCGCUGUCCCUUCCCAGGCUGCGCCAAAGCCUAUUACAAGUCUUCGCACCUCAAGUCACACCUGCGGACGCACACAGGUGAGCGGCCCUUUGCCUGUGACUGGCCUGGCUGCGACAAGAAGUUUGCCCGUUCUGACGAGCUGGCCCGCCACCACCGUACGCACACAGGCGAGAAGCGCUUUCCCUGUCCCCUGUGCACCAAGCGCUUCACCCGCAGCGACCACCUGACCAAGCACGCCCGACGCCAUCCCGGCUUCCGUCCGGAACUGCUGCGCCGACCUGGUGCCCGCAGCGCCUCGCCCAGCGACUCGCUGCCCUGUAGCUUGGCUGGCAGUCCCGCACCUAGCCCCGUCCCCAGCCCAGCGCCUGCCGGCUUGUAGAGCCCUGGCUAGCUACCCUGAGAUGGCCGGCUCCCCAGGCCGCGGCAGGGAUUUCCACCAAGGGACACACCUGCCCUCUGGAGAGAGCCCGUGUCCUGGAGUCCCCGCCCACCUCCAGGAAACAGCAAGGGGACUGAGAAUGGACUUGGGUCACCUGGGGGGGGGGUGCGGCCUAGGAGGUGGCCUCGGGUUAUGUCUGUAAAUAGCCAUGAUUAACUGUCCCAUCCCCCUCUGCAGGGACCCCAAAAUGGGCAGUCGGCAGGCCUCCCCUCUCCUGCCACCCUCUGCCUUCCCUCCUGGGUGGCACUGGGCUGUGCAGCCUAGACCCUGUUCCCCCACUCCUUUUCUAAAGCCCCCCCUCCCAGUCACUCCUCCAGGUUGGGACACAGGUACACAGAGCCAUAGGUGACUGGGGCUUCCCGUGGGCCCCAACCUGUCCCCACUCCACUGAAAGCCAUGGCGGAAGUUCAGGGAAAUGGAGGGGUGCGGCCUGGCUAAGCCCCGCCCCCCCAUGGGUACUCAAAUCUCAGGUGUCCACAGGUUCUGCCCUGGGUAAGGGCCUCCCUGUGCUCCCAGCCCCAGGAGUGCAGGAGACGCUAGAGUUUUUCAGAGGAGAAUUUAGGGUUAGGGGGCGCAGGCAGGGUGUGUGGCGGUCCCCUCAGAGCAUUGCCACUCACUUAGGGUGUGAUGCUGGACCGGUGGGGAACAAAUUAUUUAUUGUCCUCUCUGACUGCUGGUAUGGGGGUGCCUGGCUCCCCCGAUGAGAGUGUGCAUAUGUGUGAGAGAGACAGUGGGUGUCUGAUUCCCCGGGGCCCAGCCUCCCUGCUCCCACUGGGCAAG